AUGACGGCUCACAACCGAUCGAGCGCUUCGACUUGUUCACACCAAACCUCCCUUCUUAAUGGUCAUUGCGACAGCGAUAUGCUUCAGGAAGAUGUAUAUUUGAGUUCAAACUCACCAACAACGUUAUCAGCUCCUGCAACACCAAGACCAGCUCAACCACCCAUAAUGACCAUGAUUCCUGUACGUAACGGCACGACAAUGAUGACAUCUCCUCCUCCACCUCCCCCACCUGCUUUCCCAUAUCCCGAAGAUACAUCACAGUCCUAUUGUGAGUUUAUCUAUCAUACUGGAUUCCAACAAGGUCGUUUCUCGGAUAUCAGUGUAUCUUUUCCAGUCCAAGGAAGAACGUAUGCCCUGCAUCGGAUUAUAAUGGCGCGAUCCCCAAUGCUAUACCGUCAAUUGAUGGCACCGACUACUGCGGCAGGAUAUCAUCAUGUGGAUUUGCUCAACAUCAACAUACCAGGAUCAAGCGAAGCUUUGCACACGGCACUCGGCCACCUCUAUCGACCCUUAUCAAUGCAUGAUAUCGAGUACAUUAUGCUCCAUACGCAAUCCAAUCAACCAACAGCAAGACGUGUAUGCGACUUGAUCCAAAUAUCAGAUUCACUUGAACUCCCAUUGUUACAUCGGCAACUCAUUCAAAUCGUACAACAGCAUCUGAACCAGGAUACAAUCUUUUCAUGGAUGAAUGAGCUACUCAGAAGAUAUCAUCCUCUUGGAUCACCAUCAUCAUCACUCAACAGUCAAAAGAAAUCAGCAAAGUGGAUGCGUGUCAUGGAUGAGAUUGUUACAAGUUUCCUGAUCUAUACGCUGCCUCGUCAACUGUUACAACCUCAUGACCAUGGUCCAAAUCAUCACUGGCAACACCGACAACAACAAGAUGUGUCUGAAGAAGCAGAAGAGCGGGAAAAGGGUGGUAAUGAUGCAGCUGCUGUUGUUGUUGCUACGACACCGUUUUUCCUUGGUAACAAUCGUGUCAGCAUGAUACAAGGAUCCAAAAAGUGCAUGGCUUUGAGCAGCGAUUACAACGAGUUGGUGCACAUGUAUGCAAAGAUACCAUUGCUGUACCUGAAGCGAUGUUUGGAACACAAAGACUUUUUAUCCAAGAAUGUGCUAUGGCGGUAUGCAUUUGCGAAACGCGUGCUUCAUGAACGUGAAUGCAAACAACCACGACGAGCUGCAACAACAUCAUCACCACGUGCGCUAUCGGUGAUGCUUGAGUUUGAUAACAGCAGCAAGAGCACCAUGGAUGAUCACAGCAGUAUUGGGAUUCGUAUUAUGAUGAUGCAACAAUAG